CGAAAUCGCAAGUUGGUGCUACAUAUAUAUAAAACAUACAUAUAUAUCGUGUUACAAUGGUGCAGUGUCGAUUGCUGUUUGGUAGCGGGAUCUACAAAUACUAACUCCUGUGCUUCCAGGAGGCACGAUGUUGCCGCCGCCACCAGUCGCAAUAUUUCCACCUGCGGCUGCAAUGCUACCACGUGGACCACCACAAUUUGCAGCACAUUAUCCGCCUCCAAUUUUUUAUUGGCCUUAUCCUUCGCCACCAGUUAGUCCAACUAAUUACUAUAACCCAACAAAUGUUGGUGGUAUUGCGGCGAUUCCUCAGCAAGCAGCUUUGUUAACUCCAGCGGAAUGUUUGCAAUUAGCACCAGGAGCGACUGUACCUGCUACAAAUACACCAACCGCAGAACCACGCAUUGAAGCUUUUCUUCCACGAAUGGAUUUAGAAAAACGUGUUCCUGUUCCUGCACCUUCUCAAGCAGAAUGCAAUCCGUUCGUCGAAGUAUUUAUGGUUUGAUGAUCGUUUGAUCAAGAUUCAUAUGGCAAAUUUAUCUUAAAUAUUCUGCAGCACGUUCGAUCAUCGGCAGAAUUGAGUAUAUAUAUCUUUCAGCCUCGCACGACAGAAACUGAUUUCCUACUACUUGCAAAAAAAAAACGUACGUAUACUUAUGAUAAGAAGAAUGUUCUUGUCUAAAACGUCGAGGAAAUUUGUGAAACAAGAUCUCGAGAAGUAUCCAGAAUGAUGACAGGAUUCAUAUAUUUUUCUUAUCUUCGAAAGAAGCCUUUCCCAAUUCCCACCCCAUAAAUGUAACGUGUCUCAAUGUGGCACGUUUCUUUCUAGUCUAGAGGCAGAUGCAAGUCGUCGUAGCAUAACACAGUGAUGUCGUUUCUUUCUUAUCGUUUAUUUCAGUUCCUCUGGAACAGAAUGUGCACAGCACGUUUUCUAUUUUCUUGAUCCCUUCAUUUUUUUCUUUAAAGUUUUGACUUUAUUACUCCUUCUUUAUAUUUCUUUUUCUUUUCAUUUCAUUCAGUGCUCUAUGAGUCAAGUAUCAGAGCGCUACAUUCCUGGAAAUAAAGAAUCACGAUCGAGCAAUAUCGUUUGGUUGUGUAGAUUUUCAAUUAUUUUAAAUAGGUCUAUAGAAAAUGAAUGACCACAAUGUAGAUUCGAUAUUCAAAAUUCGAAUAAUAAAUUUGAUGAAAAUCAUAUUAAUAAAUACUAAUUCGCAAUGAUUUAAUGCUUUCACGAUUCGGUGAUCACAUUAUUAUCAAAAUCGAAUUAUGUGGCUGUUUUUUUAAAAAAAAUAUAUUCCAAUGUUUUACUAACAUUGCUAAUUUUAUUAAGAAUUUAAUGAUUCAUUGCUAAUAAUAAUGUAUAUUUUUUACUGACUUGCUAUUUAAAACAUAAAUGUUUAUAUAUCAAAUUUUAUUACUCUACUAAUCAGAGGAAUUUUAUUUGUCAGAUAGCAGUUUCAUGCUUCAUUAUUAACAUUACUUGCGUGACAUUAAAUAAUCCUAAUAAAAUUAACUAUAAUGUUGGCGAAAUGUGUUCGGAAUAUGUAUUUCGAUUUUGACAAUUCUGUUUGUAACAUUGUGGUUUCGUAUAUCAAAUUAAAGUUUUAUGUUUGAUCACAUUGACCAUGUUAAUCUUUUUCGCUUAACAUGAUGAAAGUGAUCGAAGAUAUUAAAAAAGAAAAAAACAAAAAAAAAAAAGAAAUAAAAUUACUAGCGAAAUAGCGUUUUUAUUUUUUAGAAUUUUACUUAAUUUAAUUUAAAGUUUUAAUAUGAAAUUUAAUAUAUACCCUAUCUCUGAUUAUUCAAACGAGAUACGUUAUUAUCGUUAAUUCAUUGUAAAGAUUCAAAUUUUAUUAUACUGAAUAAGUUAUUUGCAAUUCCAAAGUGUCGUUUCAUGUUAGCUUUCGGUUCAUUGGUUUAUUUGAAUCGCUGUAGGAGGCUACGAAUCGCACGAUAAUGCGGUUUUAUAGUUAUUUUUCAUUGAAUCUGCUAUAAAUAUUACAAAUAUUUCACGAACAUUUUCCGUUAAAAUAUUAUUACUGCCUCGAUUUUUAAUAUCGAUUCAUUCUUAUAAUCGAUUUUACUUGUAUGUAGUAAAAUACAUAUUUAUAAUUAUAAUUCUUCUACAGUGAUUUAUUAUAUGAUACAUUUGUGUUAUUAAUUGUUAAACUAUUAGAUUGAAAACAUUAAUACCUGAGAUUUACUGAUCGCUCAAUUACAUAAUUUGUUUAUACAAGAUGCUUCGUAGCAAAUGAAAAAUAUUCUGGAAAUUCAGCAUCAUUCGGUAUCUAAAACAGUGAAAAAAUUUAUAUAAACAUGAAUAUAUAUUAAUAUAUAUUAAUAUAUAUAUUAAUGAAUAUAUGAAUAUAUUUAUACAUACUUGAUUUUGUUUAUGAGUUGAGUUGUAUAAUAUUUGUAAAAUAUCAUUCAUUUGUAUUUUAAAUAUGUUUAUAUAAACUUUUUAAAAUUUUUUAGAGAUUGAAUCAAUUUUCGAAAAUUUCCUCCUUUAUUAUGGGACAUUCUGUAUAAU